AUGUCCACCAAAAGGGGUGCCUCCAAACUAGUGAAAGGAACAGUUCGAGGGACCUUCAACCGGGUCAAGUCAAUUCGCAAUUUUGCUUCGGAUUUCAAGGAGGCCUUGAAGACCACAGAUGCCGAUGAUUGGGCCACGGCCUUGGGUGGUAGCCUAUUGGACAGUAGCGACGAGGAGGACAAUGCUGCUGACACGCGGCGGCGUCAUGAUGUUGAAAUGGCAACAUCAAGCGGCCGUCGUCGAAAGGCGCGAUUUUACGAUGAAAGAGAAGAGGAAAAGGAGGAGAUUGAACCCAUCGCGGAAGAGCACACAGAAACAAGUCGGGGAGACGCAGAAGAAUUAGCAAAUCUUUGGAGCUUGAAAUCUGUUGCGUAA